CUCAGCUGAUAUUUUCAAGAACAUCACAAAAGAGAUUUUGGCCGCCCAGAAAUUCGGAUCAACUAAAAGUGAACAUCUUUUGUUUGAGUCAGUACAAUAAUAGGACUCCAAGAUGAGUGGCAAGGAUAAGGAUAAAGUUUUGAAUAAAGUGAAACAAUUUUUUAUGCGAACAAACAAAAAUUUGGAUGCAUCUCAUCAUGAUCGGAACUACUUCCCGUUAUCGGCAGAGUUGGAACGGGAGUUACAGCCUGAAACACCUGUUGGGCAGCGUUGUAAGGCUCUGAAAGAUUUCAGUGACAAUGUGCUAAAGUAUCGCCUGGAGCCGGACGCCGUGCAGCUCUUGUGGCAAUGGACGAAAGACUUGAUCGUUGGGAACAAAUCCACCGAACAACGCCAUGUUGCUCUAAACUUCUAUUGCAAACUUAUUCAAGGCCAGUACGAUAAUCUCAAGAUGAUGAGAGCACAGUUCUUUCGAGUGAUUGUUUCCCACGAAGAACCGGAGGAUAUUGAAUACAGAUUGGAAAUGCUGAAAAGCCUUACUGAAAAUGGCAAAAACAUUCAAUAUUUUGAAAAGGAAAUCGGAUCCUUUCUAGUACAAUGGAUCCCCCAGAUAGAACAAGUCGGCUACAUAAUACAGUUGUUGGAUUUGAUUAUAAACCUCGUCAAGUACAAUGCCGCCAGCUUGGAGAAAAAUUUUCUAGUCGGGAUUGUGAACUACAUUUUUGAUAUAACAUGCAAGGUUGAAGACACUCAAACUGUACUGCUUUGCCUAUCGGUUUUGGAUUGUUUCAUCUGCUACGCAAUCAUUCCAAACGAAACAUUAACUUUGUUUAUUGUUAUCCUCUGCCGUACGGUGAACAGAGAAGCCUUCUGCCAAACGUCAUGGAAGAUCAUGAAGAAUCUUUUCGGCACGGCGUUGGGCCAUGCAACGCUGCUCACCAUGUGUAAUAUUUUGAAUGACAAAACCUUCUAUCGCGAUGAAGCUCUCCUCCGUGGAGCUAUCUUCCACACCAACGUGGGACUAUGGGGAGUUAGCGGCUGCGUUGUGCCGAUACUUAACUGUUCUCCUUCGAUUGUGCUGACCAGCUUCCUGAACGCUCUAAAAAGUGAGCACGUCGUCGUCACUUACGAAGUCAUCCUCAGCAUCCACCGAUUAAUACAGAAAAGUGGCACAGAGCUCAAUGAACCAACGUGGGACGUCAUAUGCGACAUCAUGAACGAAAUUUCGUCCAACUUGGCCAAAUACAAGCUGCCCAAUGAAAACAAUGUCGUGAAGCAUUUCCAUGAGACGAUCGAUCUCAUUGAAGAGUUACUACAGAAGAAUGACAUCAACGCUGAUCCGGAGAGAAUAUAUGGGCUGAUUGAGAAAGUCUCGACCGAACGUCCGGAGGCUUCAGUGAAGGGAUUGAUUGAGUACAUGACGAUGAAGAUUUCCGCUACACGUCCACAGUGGUUGCUCGAACUAUGCUCUUUCAUGGAUAGGUUUUACAAAAUGAAAAACACCAUGAUUAGAGUCCACGCUGUGCAGGCAUUAGUCAGAAUUAUGGCCAUCAAUCGGGCUAUUUAUGAAGAGGAGAUUCUGGAGCGGAUUGUGAUUGUACACUUGGGAGGAGUGGUACACGAAACAGAUGCUGAAGUUAGAAAAGCCGUGGCCAGUGCGUUGAUUGAGUUUAUUUUGCACUGCGAUACGAAGCGAUGUUUCGAGCUGUUGGAAAUUGUUGGGAAAAUGCUCCAUCGUCCAUAUGAUUGUUACGCCCAUGAUAAGACUGUGAUUCGUUCGGCUAAAGAGGCAGAGGACAUAAUCAUACUAGUGGAUGGAUUGAUCCGUGUAUUUACUGUAAAAUUAUACCGCGUUCCCUCAACUCAUGCCAUUAAAGUGUACCAUCUGUUGAUGCUCCUUCUGGAAUCACAUUAUGACAAACCCGUUGUUUUCCAACAUGUAAAUGUUAUCAGACAUAAAAUCUUUAGUUGGAUGUUACAAGCUCGAGCGAAUGCGUCGUUCCACAUCGGAUAUCCAGAUGCAGAGAAUGGCAACAAAGUGCGAUUCAGUCAUUACCUCGGCAUCGAGGGCCCUUAUCAGCACCAAAGUAUGCAGGUACAACAACAGAUGAGCUCAUCGCAGCAAGUCCAAUCAUCGAGCCAACUGAACCUUGCGCAGCAAGAAAACAUAAAAUCCGCUGAUGUCAUGCCUUCGACAAGUUUAACAACAAUUUCUAUUAAACGGGGGUGUCAAAUCAUUGUAGAUUGCCUGAAAGAGGAAAGAGAUUGGCACGUAGUUCAGCUUGUGCUGUCCGAACUACCAAACAUAAUGAAGAACAAGGCUUUGAUUCAGGGCAAUGAUAUUGAUUCGUUGGCGAAAACAUUAUACUGGAUGUUCAAUGAUAAAUUGAUGGUAGAGAAACUUAUGGGAUACCAGGUUAAACCAACGUUGUCGGAUAUUCAUGAUUUGGUAUUACCGGCAUUGGCCAGUUUGGCUUCUUAUCAUCAGCAUUUGGAAGCAAGCACUAAGAAAAACAUUAUCGACGCUCUCAAACAAGGCUUGAUAUCCAGACGGCCGCAGGUGUGCAUUCAAACGCUUACCGUCUUAUUACUGGAAAUGCCUGAUCCAUUGGUUCCCAAGCUAACAGAUUUAUUAUUUGAGCUGAGCAAGUUGGCCAACACGGCUAUAGUAGCAGUUCCAGUUCUAGAGUUUCUAUCCACAUUGAGCCAUCUACCGAACGAUCGCAUUGCAAAUUUUCGAGUAGUCGAGUACAUGUAUGUAAUGGCCAUGUCGUUUCCUUAUACGAAUCCCUAUCGCUAUGACCAUUACACUGUCUCUUUGGCACACCACGUAAUAGCUGGAUGGUUCCUUAAAUGUCGUCUUCCCAUGCGAAGAAAUCUGGUUUACUACAUCGUGAAAGGUCUUGAGUCCUACGUUCAUACCCCAUUUCAAGACGGCUCCAAGCAGCGCACUGAUUACUCGACGGCCAAUGAAGACUCUUCAAAUCGAAAGCGCAGUUCUAGUCUUACUGAGCAAGGUUCCAAGCGGAAGGAUCGCAACACAAUGCAACAACAGCAGCAGCAACAAUCCCAACAACGUCCGUCUAAGCCGGCCUUCAAUAGUGAUUUGUACAAUUUCCAUUCAGAGCUAGCCGAAACUUGUAUAGAUUUCAUGGCCAAUCACACUUUUUCGCCGUGCUCGGGCUUAGCGAAACGGAAUCCAGCAGCUGAGUUCCUCCUCAGAGGAGGUCAAUCUAACACUUGGUUAAUGGGACACAAUCUCAUCACUAUUACCACCAGCGGAUGCUCGGCAGUUCCGUUCCGAAACGGUCUCUGCGAUCGAUGUUUUACUACAUGCAGAGAAAAUGCCAAUGCCAGUAGAACAGAUCCCAGCACCAGCACUACCGGUAUACCGUUGUCUCCCAACGAGUCAACCAGUGCCACCUCGAACAAGGAUUCUGGUAUCGUUGUACCGGGAAGUAGUGGAAGUGCAAUAGCUGCCGAUGGGCAAGCUGGCCCCAACAAAAGGUAUACCAAAGCAAGUUUGCAACAUAGUAGCGCCAAUGAAUCGGACAGUACUGACCUUACCACGAGUUCGACUUCGUCUUCGACCGCUGCAACGCCAUUCCCGCUUAGUGCAACCGCAACUAGCAACAAUCGCUUCUUUCGCCAAGGAUCGCAGGAAGGCUAUUCUUCAGGAUCACUGGAAGCUCUGUCCCGGCGAGGCAGCAAUCCAGACUCGGUAGAAAACGGAACCACUGUUGCUGUUGGCAAUGAACAGCAAACACUAAGGCAAAGUGAUGGUCGAACUGAACCAGGCUUGAUGACGACCCUCGGUAACAAACUGAUUUUGCCUCAGCAUCAAUCUUCCAACAGUUCCAGUCACAGCGCGGUUGUGAGUGGUAACACACUGGAGAAACCGAUUCCUUGUGCGUGCUCUUGCACUGGUUGGGCAGAAAUAUGUAUUCGGCGUCCAACCGGAGUGCUAUCUUGGAUGAUGCGAGUUCAAAAUCAAAUUAACUAUGAUGCGACAUCGGGAGAAUUUCCAUUGCAAGAUUUAACCGCACUAUUUGCUCCUAGCCUCGGAGGAGGUAUUGUUGGGACCGAUUUACUCAAUCGCAAUCCUCAUCAAAGUGCUUCUAAUACCAGUAUGACUAUACCAACUGCAGUUCCAAAAGCGACCUCUAUCCAUGACAACCCAGAUACGGUUCCUUUGCCGCAAUUAUCCCAGACUGCUCCUCCAUCUGCUGUGGUUCCCAAAGCGAAAGUAUCCAUAUCUGAUGAGGUUUUUGAAAUCCAAAAAGAGAGCGAAAGUAGCGAUGCUGGAGACGAAGAUGGUGACGAAGAGGUUUUGAUGUCCGGUAGGGAGGGCGCUUCAUCAUCUGGGCCCAUUGAUAUACCGCGGCAAGCAAAAAAGCUAAAAUCAGGGGAAGACAACGAAGACCCGAAUCAUUUGGUUGACUUGAGAGACGACGACGAUAAUCCGGAUGUGGCUUUUGAUGACCCCGAGGGGCGCUCAAGGAACCCAGUGCGCAGAGUCAAUUCUAGUCCUGAAAUGAGUUCCAACUGGAAGAGUCAGUUUUUAAGCAAAAUAAGCAAAGAAGGGCCUUUAGGCGUGCCAUCAUCUGACGGUCAUGACAAUUUGCUCGAAAGUGAUAAUCAGCAAAAGAAAAAGAAUUAUGGUAAGGGUGUCAGCUGUGAAGCGAUUCCAGAAGAAAUUGCAGGAUCGACUCCACCAAGUGUACCCAGAAGCACGAAUCACACAGAAAUAAACGAUAACGUUACUGUGCGUGCAUCAGGAAACGUCAAACAACAAGGCGAUUUUCAUGCACUGGGGGCCACAUUACAUCCAUCUGCGUCACUUCCGGAAUCUACAGGACCAGAAACAUCGAGCAGCGUUGUACCUCGCAAACAACAUUCGGCAGAUGAAGCUUUUUCUGCAAAAUCUGACGCUACGAACUCAUCAACUGAAACCAUAGCCGCUUCUGCUGUAAUGCCACCAAUAACCCAAACCUUAUCAUCUUCGUCGUUAAAUUUAAAGCUUCCGAUGGAGAAGGUCACGACCAAACCUCCACAAUCACCGGCUCCCCUAUCUCCACGACUACUUGCUCGCAACCCUAUCAAUGGUAAAUUGUCCAAUUCUGGCACCGCAUCUCCUUCCUUCCCAGCAAUAACGGGCGGCGGACUCAGCCACGGAAUGCAUUCCAAUGAAAAUGACAUACCCAGAGGACGGUCAAAGACUAUUUCUGUCGUCCGAGAACACUACAGUAGGGACAACCUUAAGUUCAGCCUCAAUAAGCAUACAAAUGCAAGAUUGAGAAGUGAACAAUCAGGUGUGGGUGUAGCGUCUCGAUCUGUCAUCAGCCCAAGCUUCGUUUUUCUACAGCUCUAUCAUAAUGGACAGUUCGGUACAUCAGAGAGACCGAUUCUAAUGGACAAGGAAGCAAGCAAAAAAGCAAUCCAUCUGCUAGACUUGAUAGCACCCUUCGAGAAACACAAGAUUGGCGUACUUUACGUUGGGCCAGGACAAGCUGGUUGUGAAACGGACAUUCUCAAGAACCGCUUCGGUAGUUUGCGAUAUGCCAAAUUUCUGCGUAAGUUGGGAACUUUAGUUGCCAUAAAGGAGGCGAAGGAGAAGAGCAACUUCUUCAUAGAUUUGGAAUCCAACGGUAAAGACGGAAACUUUACCUAUAUUUGGCAAGAUGACAUUGUACAGGUUACGUUCCACGUGGCGACACUGAUGCCAAAUAACAAACAGGAUCCCAAUUGUAACGAGAAGAAGAAGCACAUCGGAAACGACUUCGUAACCAUUGUUUACAACGAAAGCGGCGAAGAUUACGAUUUGAAGACCAUUAAGGCCCAAUUCACAUACGCUUGUGUAGUCAUCGAACCUAUGGAGCUGGAGAGCAAUCGCAUAUUCGUGCUCGCCCGAGACGAAAUAGCCGACCAUGUGUGCAGCAAACCUAAAAUCGUUUCCGAUUCCAGCGCACCACUCUUGGCACGCCAGAUGGCCCUACAUGCUAAUCUAGCAUCACUUGUGUACCAAUCGCUGAAAAUUAAGAACCAAAAUCCAUAUGCUUCUAACUGGUUGGAGAGAUUGCGUAAAAUCAAGAACAUCCGAGCUAAGGUGACGAAUCACUCAGACCCAUCGCAGGAACACUCCGGUAGUGGCGGAGGAACACGAAGCGCUGGAGGAAGUAUAGGGUCAGCCCAUGAUCUCAGCUCGGCCUCAACUACCCGAGGCGAUGAUUUCACACGUUAUACUCAGUAGAGUAUGUCAAUACUAAUUAUGUUGAACUCUGUAUGGCAUUAUUCGUAUAGUAGCUACAACUAUCGGUAUCGCCGAAACGCUACGAAAACUGAAAAUUGGCGCUUUUGAUGUUGAACAGCUUGAAAGUGUUUUCAUUAGAGAUUGUUCAAGGAAUGCUUCUACCUAAUAAACAUAAGUUAAUAAAUUAUUGGAAUAA